ACGAAAAGUAUCAUCCCCUCUUGUAACUACCAAAGCCAUGGCUGCUGCGUGGGUUUUACUUGUUAUUUUCAUGGUGCUGAUUUGUGUGACGGAGAGCGAGGGAGAAGAGUAUAAGACAGUAGCUCGUCUAUCUUCUACUCUUUUGAAUUCAUCCGGUUGGAAACCCAAUGAAAACAUGUACUUGGUUUCUUCAAAUGGAAUGUUUUGUGCUGGGUUUUACAAUGUGAGGGCAAAUCGCUAUGCCUUCGCUGUGUGGUACGCCAACGACUCGCACCGAACUAUGGCGUGGAUGGCGAACUCAACUUCUCUUGUGGGUCGCAAUUCUUCUUUGCACUUGAGAGACGGGUUUCUCUCCAUUUCAGAUGAGAAUGGUGUAAUUGCGUGGAUGAGUAAGGACACGUAUGAUUCUAAAUAUAUCUCGGAACUUACUUUGCAGGAGUCGGGCAAUAUGGUGCUCAAUGGAUGGCAAAGCUUCAGGGAAUUCCCUACAUUUAAUCUUCUUCCAAAACAAGAUUUCACCACAGAAGAUGUUUUGCUGUCGAGAUCUCCAAACGGUACUUAUGGCAGAGACGGCAACUACUAUUCUCUUUCUUUAGAGCAACAGUCCAGCAAACUUUCCUUGUAUUAUAAUUACAGGAGGGCAGACGGAGUGUGGGAAAGCAAAAUGUACUGGCAGUCUGGUAGGUUUCUGGAAGUUAAACUGGACGAGUCUGGGUUUCUGAAUACAACCGAAAUCGACAUGGGUUUCAUGAUCAUGGCGACCGACGGGGGCGAGGAGGACCGGUUGAGAAGACUGACUUUAGAGAGCAACGGAAAUCUCGUCAUGUACAGUAGGACAAAAUAUCCUCCUCCUUCUUCAUGGACUGUAGCGUGGCAAGCCCUCCCAAGACACUGCCAAAUCCCCGGUGCCUGUGGAGACAACGCUGUGUGUAAGAUAAAUUUGAAGUGGGAGCCAACGUGCGAAUGCCCACCUGGUUUUGACCCGAGCCCGGUCGAUAAUCGAAGCUGCAAGCCGCACAACGAUAUCACGAAGCUCAGCAAUGUAACAUUUGUUCCGUUGGACUUCGUCAGUUUUGAAGCAUUGACAUUUACAACACAGACUACCACAAUACUACAAGAGUGCAUGGAUUUUUGUAGGAACAACAGCAGCUGUGUGGGUUUCACGCACCAUGUGGACAGUGGGAACUGUGACCAUCUGUUCGGCAAUUUAAUCUACGGAUAUUGGUCUCAAGCAGUGGCAACGCGGCUUUAUUUGAAGAUCUCUGCAAGCGAGGAAGACACUCCAAAUCUCUUUCAUGGGUUGCCCUCAGUACUCGAAAAUGUUUGUCCGAUCCUUCUUAAACUGCCACUCCCGCCAUCUCAAUCGGACCACAAGCCGCGAAAUCUCAUCAUAAUCUUCUUCAUCUUUGGCUUGGAGCUGUUGUUGGGAGCUUAUGCCUUCCGCGCGUUUUUGAGAAAGUACUCGAAAUUCAGAGACAUGGCCCGAAUAUUUGCCCUCGAUCUUCUCCCUUCCGGCGGGCCUAAGCAAUUCUCGUACGCAGAGCUGAAAGCGGCCACCAAUGACUUCAGCGAUAUGCUGGGAAGGGGAGGAUUUGGGCCGGUCUACAGGGGCCUUUUGCCCGAUCAGAGGCAGAUUGCAGUGAAAAAAUUGGAAGGCCUUCGUCAAGGAGAGCAACAAUUCUGGGCAGAGGUCUCCAUCAUAGGGCGAAUCCAUCACCUCAAUCUUGUUCGCAUGUGGGGAUUCUGCGCAGAAGGCGAGCACAGACUGGUGGUUUACGAGUACAUACCUAAUGGGUCACUGGAGAAGCAUUUGUUCAAUACAGAGGGAGGGACUUCAAUGGAGUGGGGCAUCCGAUACCGCAUAGCUUUGGGGGUAGCGAGAGCCAUUGCAUACCUGCAUGAGGAGUGCCUGGAAUGGGUUCUUCAUUGUGACAUCAAACCGGAGAACAUCUUGGUCGACGAGGAUUUUUGCCCUAAGGUUUCUGAUUUUGGACUGGCUAAAUUGGUUGAAAAAGACCAUAGCUUGAAUGUGUCUAGGAUCAGAGGGACACGGGGAUACCUAGCUCCAGAGUGGUUUCAAAGCAAUUCCAUCAGUGCAAAGGUUGACGUGUAUAGUUUUGGAAUGGUGCUUUUCGAAAUGGUUAUGGGGAAAAGGAAUGCGUAUGUCUUCCAUUCGACUGAACAAGACAGGGAGUUCUAUUUUCCUGAAUGGGCAUUUGAGAUGGUAAUGAUAAAAAGGAAAAUGGAAGAGGUUGUGGAUAAAAGGUUAAACGAAAUAAAGGAAAAUCAAAGUGAAAUGGAAGCCGUGCAAAGAAUGGUGAAGACAGCACUGUGGUGUAUCCAGAGUCGUCCGGAAGAAAGGCCUUCAAUGGGCAAGGUAGCCAAAAUGUUGGAAGGAGCCAUAGAAAUUGAGGACCCUCCUAAGCCCUCAUUAUUGGAGGACAGUGGUGCAGGUCCACGAUCGCCUAUUAGUACCGGCAUGAAAUCAUCCAUCAAGAGUUCUGGACGUAGCCACUUCUAGUUGCUACUAGGGGACGAUAUGAAGCAUUAGGGUCAAACGUCUGGUUUUCCGCUUUU